AUGAACGGCACAGAGGGACCAUAUUUCUACGUCCCUAUGGUUAAUACCACUGGCAUUGUCCGGAGUCCAUAUGAAUAUCCUCAGUACUACCUUGUUAGCCCAGCAGCUUAUGCUGCUCUGGGACUCUACAUGUUCCUGCUCAUCCUUCUUGGCUUCCCCAUCAACUUCCUUACUCUCUAUGUUACCAUCGAACACAAGAAGCUGCGGACCCCUCUAAACUACAUCCUGCUCAACCUUGCAGUGGCUGACCUCUUCAUGGUGUUUGGAGGAUUCACCACAACGAUGUACACCUCUAUGCAUGGCUACUUCGUUCUAGGUCGUCUUGGCUGCAAUCUGGAAGGAUUCUUUGCUACCCUCGGCGGUGAGAUUGGCCUCUGGUCACUGGUUGUUCUGGCUAUUGAAAGGUGGGUGGUUGUCUGCAAGCCCAUCAGCAACUUCCGCUUUGGAGAGAAUCACGCUAUCAUGGGUUUGGCCUUCACCUGGUUUGGAGCCUGUGCUUGCGCCGUACCCCCUCUUGUUGGCUGGUCCCGUUAUAUUCCUGAGGGCAUGCAAUGCUCAUGCGGAGUCGACUACUACACACGUGCAGAGGGUUUCAACAAUGAAUCCUUUGUUAUCUACAUGUUCAUUUGCCACUUCUGCAUUCCACUGUUUAUUGUGUUCUUCUGCUAUGGCCGUCUGCUCUGCGCUGUCAAGGAGGCUGCUGCUGCCCAGCAGGAGUCUGAAACCACCCAGAGGGCUGAGAGGGAAGUCACCCGCAUGGUCGUAAUCAUGGUCAUCGGCUUCCUGAUAUGCUGGUUGCCCUAUGCAAGUGUGGCCUGGUACAUCUUUACACAUCAGGGCUCUGAAUUCGGACCCCUCUUCAUGACCAUCCCCGCCUUCUUUGCCAAGAGCGCCUCCAUCUACAACCCCAUGAUCUACAUCGUCAUGAACAAGCAGUUCCGCCACUGCAUGAUCACCACCUUGUGCUGCGGGAAGAAUCCCUUCGAGGAGGAGGAGGGAGCGUCCACUUCUGCCUCCAAGACCGAGGCCUCCUCUGCCUCCAGCUCUGUGUCUCCUGCGUAAAAGGGCCACCAACAAAGGCUCCAUGAUC